GGAUGGCGACGGUGCACGGCGUCUGAGCGGGCUGGGGCCAUGAGUGCCACCCGGCCCCAGUUCAGCAUCGAUGACGCCUUCGAGCUGUCCCUGGAGGACGCGGGCCCUGGGCCCGAGUCCAGCGGGGUCGCCCGCUUCGGGCCGCUGCACUUCCAGCGCCGGGCCCGGUUCGAGGUGGCCGACGAGGACAAGCAGUCCCGGCUGCGCUACCAGAACCUGGAGAACGAUGAGGAUGGAACCCAGACCUCUCCGGAGCCGGAUGGGGGAGCCGGCACCAGGGAUUCUGGCCGAACAUCCAUCCGCAGCUCCCAGUGGUCCUUUAGCACAAUCAGCAGUAGCACUCAGCGCUCCUACGAUGCCUGCUGCAGCUGGACUCAACACCCUUUGAUCCAGAAGAACCACAGGGUAGUGCUGGCCUCCUUCCUGCUCCUCCUGCUGGGGCUGGUGUUGAUCCUGACCGGCGUGGGACUGGAGGUGGCCCCCUCGACAGGUGUCUCCAGCGCCAUCUUCUUCGUUCCCGGCUUCCUGUUGCUGGUCCCUGGAGUCUACCACGUGACCUUCAUCUACUGCGCGGUCAAGGGCCACCGGGGCUUCCAGUUCUUCUACCUGCCCUACUUCGAGAAGUGAGCAGGCGGCCCCGCGCGGCCUCCUCGCGUCCCUAGGGGGCGCCCCUGGGGCCCGCGCCCGCUUCGGUACCCUCAUCUCAAGGGAAAAGACCCUGCGGGACCCUCGAGGCCCCAGUCCCCUCAGGAGUUUGCUCCGGAAGUUUGGGGCAGUGGGCCUCGGGCCACUACCUGGGCCUGGGAAAGUCGCCCCUUCCGUGCUCCGUGCCUUAACUUAUUCUUGGGGGGCUGCUGGGUUGGUGGUGUUUUGUGCUAAUAAAAGGGUAAUGCUUAAUUCC